AUGCUCAUCAAGUCCCUGAAGAUUGGUGCAGCAUGUGACCCAGGUGCGCAUGUGCUCAUCUGCGUCGCGUUCAAAAUUGCAAAGGUACUGGCGGUUGAUGAUAUUGUAUUCCGUUUUGGACAUGCGGCCAUAUUCCUGGAGGAGGUGAGCGAGGAGAACCCAUGGUGGGGCAAUGAAAAGUCCCUGGUUAAGCGAGUCUAA